AUGGAGAGCCUGAGUGAACUGCAGAACCCACUGCUGCCUAGCAGCCCCACCCACCUCCAUGGCCCCUAUCCCUUCCCAGAGGCCCCGCCCAGCUGGUCCUGCCAGGAGAAGCUCUACUCCUACCUCCUGGGUGGCCCUGGCCCUGCUCACACCCACCAGCUCCUGGACCCAGGGUCCCUGCAGCUGGCAGUGGAGGCCUGGUAUCGGCCCAGCUGCCUCCUGGGGAGGGACAAAGUCAAGGAGUCCAGGGCAGGCAGCUGCGAGACCAGCUUCACAGAAGCCAGAGAACCCCAGGCAGGGCUUACAGAACAGUGCACUGAAGCUGGCCAAGCUGAAGAAGAUGUUACCAUCCAGACUGUGUCAUACGGGGUUCAAGAAGAGCUGCAGGUCCAGGAGGACAGCCAGGAGGAGGAAGAGGUGAGCACAUCUGUUUUAAAUGCAGACCCUGGACAGUCCACCACCACCCACAGCAGCCUCCUCGCAGCCGCCUGCAUCAGCCGGGUGACUCUGCCCAUGCUCGAGCACAACCACACUGCCCCACAGGACAGACCACCUGAGCUGCAUGAGCUGCACCAGAACAGCAAAGACCCGGAGCACACACCGACAACAGCACAUUUCUGUCACUUUGAGCUACCUGUGUGUGGCUGUGUGGUGGGGCAGCCACAGGACCCCAAUGGCCACUGGCCAGGAGGCAGUGAGCCUGUGGACACAGCAGGUGGACACAGGUCCCACUGGACCAAGGGAGCUGAGAAGAUGCAGGGCCAGGACCUGAGCACCCACGCAGAGGACAGCAGGGAUGGGAACCAGAGCUCCACAGUCAUCUCAGGGACAUCAGCCCAACAGAAAGUCCUCUAG